AUGUCUGUGUUUGCCGUUUAUGCCCCACCAUCGCAAGCGGGUGAAGCAGUUAAGACUGAGUUCUAUGAACGCCUUCAAGCUACAGUGGCCAGGAUAUCCCCUACAGACAUGCUCUUCGUCGCCGGAGACUGGAAUACCAGGACUGGCCCGUGCGAUGAGACCGAGGCGCAUAAUCGUGCAACCUGGAGAUACCGACAAGGCGGUCAGCUGAAGACAUGGCUCAACACCGUCCAAUCGGACGUCGAACGGAUGGGCCUUGUAACCGUUUACGGCUUGCGACAUUGCAACAAACAAUGGGUUAACAUCUUUGAAGAGCUCGCUUUCGAGAGCCGUCAAUGGGCCGCCGCUAUCCGUGACAUCCAUGAACCCGGUUUAUCCAACAACAGGGGCUAA